CACAGCAACAAUACCUCUAGAAAAUCACUCUUUAAAUACUAACAAACUUCUCAGUUCUGACUCAUCAGAGUACAAAAUCAUCCCAAAAAAACACGCUGCUCUCUCUAGUUUAUGGCCGCUUCUCUAUGGUACCAGUUGUUGCUUCAUUGAAUUUGCUUCACUAAUAGGCUCACGAUUCCCUCUCUCUAGAAAAAAAAAAAAAAAAAAAAAAAAAUGGUCUAAGAAAGGCAGCUCUCUGUCUCUGUCUCUCUCAAAUGGAAAAACACUCAAACAGUACUAUGAUUGCCCCUUCAUCUCCAGCUCCAACAACCUUCGUUCAAGCGGACACUACAACCUUCAGAGAACUCGUCCAGAAGCUUACCGGUGCAUCCGGUGACUCUGCGGACAAACUUCCGGUGACCCUUCCGGCAAGGCUCUCCUCCAAGCCCUCCAAUUCCGUUGAUGCCACCGGCAUUCGCCGUUCACCGUUCAAGCUCCAGGACCGAAGGCCGUCCAUGAGGAAGUUGGAGAUCAAACUCGGCCUAACCUCGCUCCGUAACUCACCACCACCGAGUCACCACUCGCCACGCCAGACUCACCUGGUCGCGUCCCCGAUUCAGAGCCCGGUAACCCCACUGGGCUGCGACACGGUAUUCUCCGCCCGAGUCGGGGCAGAGUCGCCGUCGUCGCCGGCUGUGUUGGAGGAGGAGAAGGCAAUUGCCGAGAAGGGGUUUUACUUGCAUCCGUCGCCGUUGAGCACUCCCAUGAAAUCGGAGCCGCCGGAGCUGUUGACUUUGUUUCCGUUGACUUCUCCAAGACAGCAGCAGUAGGUACUCUCGUGAAUCGAAUCGGUACGAUUUUGGGUUAAAACUUUAAACUUUGGGUCGUGAUGAUGUACGGUUAUGGCGAUUUAUAUGUUUCGUUAAUGAGUAAAUUUCAUUUGUGUAGAGAGUCUAGAGGGAGAGAAGAUAUUAAUGGAGGACACAUUAGUCGUGAUUCUUACUCUCUGAUGAAUGUAUAGUUGAUUUCUUUCAAGUUGCAAUUCUUUCAUUU